CGACUCGCCCGGCUGCGGAGCAGCAACUCUCACGAUAUUUGCUGCGGCCCGCAGGCGCGAGCCGCUGCCGGGUUCUGGCGCGUCCUUUCGGUUCUGCUUGUCGCCGGCACCGCUGCGUUACCCGGAACUGCCGGGCCGAGCAGCAUGACGUCCGCUUUGGAGAACUACAUCAACCGAACUGUUGCCGUUAUUACAUCGGAUGGGAGAAUGAUUGUGGGAACACUGAAAGGUUUUGACCAGACCAUUAAUUUGAUUUUGGAUGAAAGCCAUGAACGAGUAUUCAGCUCUUCACAGGGGGUAGAGCAAGUGGUACUAGGAUUAUACAUUGUAAGAGGUGACAACGUUGCAGUCAUUGGAGAAAUUGAUGAAGAAACAGAUUCUGCGCUUGAUUUGGGGAAUAUUCGAGCAGAACCUUUAAAUUCUGUAGCACACUGAGGAAAAACUACAUACUUGGACAUCUGUAAAUCUUUGUACAGAAACUGAUUAUUCUGAGGAUGAUAUAUGGAAUUUUUAUGAAUGUGUAACUGGAUUUUGACUCCUUAUUGAUUCAUUGUAAUAAGUAAAUUAAAAUAUUUCUACAUUUUAUUGACAAAAAAACUUUUUUUUUUGCCUAAAUAUAAGUUUGGUAGCUUGGUUUCUUUUUUUUAUUAAAUAGUGUGAAAAUAUAAUGGUCAUUUUGAAAACUUUUAGAAAAAAGUAGUACUUUUUGAUACUUUAGUAUUUAUGGAAACUAGUGGAAAAGAGAAAUUAGUGUGCUAUAUAAAUCAGGCAUUCAAAUAACAGUAGUACAGGAUAUAUGUGUUUUCUUUCCCUGAUAUUUAGGAAAAUCACAGGAAGGUAAAUCUUUCCUGGAGUUAAUCUGAAUCAUCGGCAUUUAUCCGAUUCCACUGGUGGUAGUUUGCUAGUGCUUCUAAAAGUUGCUCCCUAGCACUGAGAGGUGUGGGUAGGUAAAAAUGUGUUUGCUUGAGAAAAGGAAAAAUGCUAACAAGGUUUUAAUAGAUUGGCCAAAAAUUCCAACUUGAAUAUUAAGAAUGACUAGGAAUGGUAGAAUUGACAGAGAUGAUUGGUAAAGUCUCUUGAUGCCCAGUUGGUUAGGUAUGAAAGUAAUAUGAACACAUUAAUGUUGAAUUUUACAGACAGUAUAUUAUCUGAAAAAAAUUGAUUCCACGUAGUCUUCAAUUUUUAAUUUUUAAGAAUUGGAGAAUUUCUAAUAUUAAAGUUAGUUUAUAAAUGUGAGUAAAUAAACUCUAAGUUUAUAUUGAAGUAGUGCUAGGUAUUAUUGUCAGCAGUUUUCCAUGCAUCAUUAUCCAUAAACCUGAUUUCAGAAGACGUCAACUUAGUUUUUUAAACAAUUGAUAGAAACAAUGUUGUAAGUAGUGUUUAGAUAUUCAGGCUAGUCCAUAAAAUUUCUGAUCAACUCAUGUGUAGGCCCAAGUGUGUAUCUUCGUGAUGAGAAGAACAUAGAAAAAUAUUUACAUCCUUGUAAUUGAAACAAAUUUAAAUAGUUUCUUUGUUUUGUGUUUAUCAAAGUGCUUAAAAAUAGUAGUUGGCAAACUUUUUCUAUGAAGAUCCAGGUAGUCUUUUAGGCUUUGAAGGCCAUAUGGUCUCUGUCACAGCUACUCACCUCUGCUAUUGUGGCAUACAAAUGACCAUAGAUAAUACAUAAAUGAAUAGUGGCUGUCUUCUAGUAAAACUUCAUUUAUAAAAAGGAUUGGGCUUGAAGGCAUAGUUGCUGACCCUUGGCUUAAUACAAGUUCAAUAAGAAAAAAUGAACAAUUUGUAUAAAUUCUGGAAUAGAUCCUUAUAGAGAGUUUAGAGGUAGGUUUCAUUCAUAUUGUAAAAUAUAUUAAACUCCAUACUUUAUAUACAUACAUUAAACUCCAACAUAUUAUUAAACAUAAUAGCUUUUUGGGGGAGGCAAAUAUCUUCACUCAAAUCAGCCUUGUAAGGGGAGAAGCACUAUUCCCUAGAAUUAUUUGGUUGAUGUUAAGGGCUGUCUCUGGGAGAAUUAGAGAAGUUAGCUAGUGUUGGCUAUUCAUAAGUCUUUGGCUUUUGUAGUAUAAUGUUUUAUAAUCAAUUUAUUAAUAAAAUCAUGGAAAGUGGGUAAGGCAAACAGGCAAAUUUAGGGACUGUGAAUGAAAUAUUUUAGUACAUGGCAUUUUUAAUUGGUAAAGUAAUUCCAAAAAUUAGAGUACACAUCAUUCAGUUGCUAAGAAAAAUGCAUUCUAACAGUACAAAUGAAGUCCAGAGUCAGAUCUUUUCUCAAAAUACUUGGCAUAUCAAAACAAAUUACACAUAAACAAGUAAAUAAAAACCAGUCCUGUCCCUCAUGAUAAUGAGUUUCUAAUGUGAUGUAUUCUUGCAAUCUGAAACACCUUAUAAAGCUGUAUUUUCCUGAUUGAUGUUGGAAAAAGCAUUCCUAAAAUGUGAAUUAUUGUUUUUAUGAAUAGUUAUGGAGGAUGUGAUGAUAAUAUGCCACAUGAUCUAUGUAAUUCUUUAUUCCUGGAUACAAGCACAUGGUGGACUUCUUAUGCUCACGACGAUUAAAAUUGGAUUUAUUUUUGCAUGAGAAUUGUAAGGGAGCCACAACCAUGAGUAGUAACAUAAUUAAUAUAUGCUGUCAAGAUUUUGUAUUUAAUGAGACAUUUAUUCUAUAAUCAGUUCUUAUUUAUAAAGAGGCUCAAAUCAAUUUCAACCUGUAAUUACCUCUGUGCUUUGUGACUCAGGCACAAUCUAAACCCAGCUUAAUGAAUCAAAGAGAUGUUUCUUGGUAAGAUAUUUUCAUUAAAGUUAUUUGGAAAGGGCAAUUAACUGCAAAAGGGACUUUUUUUUUUUUUUAACUGACAAGAUACUAUCUAAAAUAAUAGUUUAAAAUAACAUUGCUUUUAAGUCAAAGCACUUUGGUAACUUGGCCUCACAUGCUGACAGUUUUGGCUUAAAUAUUACAAAUCUUGAUCCCAGAAGAGCAAGAGAGAAAGUUUUACUAAUAUUUGCUUAAACAUCCUGUUUAACAACUUUGUAACAUCCUUCUGAAUUUUUAAGCUAAUAAUGUGAGAUAUAAGUAUGAUAAAAACAACUUUUAAACGGUAUUUAAUGCAAAUACAGAAUAACGAUGUCAACAUUUUCCUCAGCCGUGUAACCUGAGAUUCAUCAUGUGAAUGAGAAAGUGAAGUCCCUUUAUAAUGGCACGUCAACCAGACAGUUUAGUAGCCAGGGUUGUAAGGCAGCUCUUAACUGACAGUAUAGUUAGUAUGUUCUGGGCCUUCAUCUUCAAAAUUAGUAGGUAGCAUUUAUUGAGUGCAUAUCAUGUGCCAGGCCUGAUGCCGAGUGCUUACAGUGAUCAUUUUAUAUAUGGGAAAAUUGAGGCUAAGCAGGGUCAAGUGCCUUAUAAGAAGUAGCACUAGUAAGUAACAGUGCUCAAAUUCAACUAGGUCUUUCAGCUCUUUAUACAAUAUUGCUGUUAUCAGAAAGUAUAGUCUCAAAAUCUGCUAUCAAGCAUCUGUCAGAAGCCUGAUGAGAAAUACUCAGAUGAUCUAACGCAGUUCCCAAACCUGCAUUGUGGGCCAUUUUCAUUACAAUUACCUAAGGUGCUUUAAAAAUUUUCUUGGGCCCUACUCAUUGUUGUGGUUCAGCAGCUGUGUAAUGGAGCAAAAAGGAAUAGUCACUAAACAGUGAAGGAAAGUGUGGUGGAAUUAUUAAAAGACCUAGUACUUAUGUGCUGAGAUGAGUCUCUAACCCCACAGAAUUGAAUUCAAUCACAGGAUCUUAAGAUAAGGAUAAUAACAUCUAUCUUCUUGGGUUGUAAAAAGUAACAUUAGGCUGCAUUUUAAACAUUUGGUAUGAUUUUGAGGACAUAACGGUAAACAGCCAUUUAAUACUAUUCCAGGUAGUCAAAGGCCAAUGUAUAAAAGUUACAAAUACAGGUCUUGUCAGCUUAGCUUUUUAAGCGUCUGUCCCACUGACUACCAUAUCUCUACAAGAGAAUAGAUGAAUUCAGGUUAUGUGGGAAGUAUGUGUAAGUUUACACUAUUUUAACAAAUGUACAAUAAAAUUUGUUUCUAUGUCAGCAUAUACUCUUGACUCAAGGAGUUUGAAAGUGUAAACUCAAAGGUCUUUCACAUGUAAGAGGAACCUCUCCAUUCUGUACUUGUAUAGUCAUCACCUCAUUAUAUAGAUUUAUUUUUAUUAAAUUUUACUUAUUUUGGGUUUAAAAAAA